GGUCAGGUCGUCCCGCCGCCACAGCGCUCCUACUCACCUCGCGCUCGCCGCUUCGCGAGUUUCCACCACGCAAGCUUCUGUCGAGCAAAAGUUUGUCGUCGGCGCAUCGAGUGCGCUGCCGUGAGCGCCGCCCUUGCUAACCGCGUCUUCAUAUUUUAUUUUUUAUUCCUUUUUUUUCGUUCUUUAGUAAACCAGGCUGGACACCGUUGGAUGGGAGUCACUCACCUCGGCGUCAGAUUUGUACUACUUGAGUGAUCACCGGGGUGCUUUGAAAGUGUUUGUCGACUGCGGCCAGCCCUGCGGUGGUUUGGGAGUCGCGCCGCGGAGGAAUAGUUACAGGACACGCGGCAUCGAUCUCAGAUACUGUCCUUUUAAUUUUCUGCCUACGCAUCGACUGGGCUCACAAGAGUCUGCCGUGACUUGCCGUGAAGUUAGUGCGGAAGUUAGUCACCACUAGUGACUUCAAAAACUAACUCCUGCUCCGCGCGCUCGCGCGCGCGCGUGAGCCACUUGUGUUUAUAAUUUCUUUCCUCCCUCUCGCUUUCUCACAGUGGCAGCGAUGCCGACUUGUUUCGACCGCGUGCUUGCGGCACUGACUUAUCUAUUCGGGCGGCUGUUGUGACUUCGGGGUUAAAACGUUUCGUUUUGCCCAGCUCUUCCAUCGUGUUCCAUUGCGAAACAUCGUGCGCGUCACUGCGGCAGCUCUCUUGUCUGCAUCGUCGUGUUGCCGCUGCCACUAGUACGUGCCUUCUUGUCACACGCUCCCGUCGUGUGAGAGACAGCUGAGGCCAGACCUAAUAAAAAGGGUGCGCGUGUCUAAGCAACCAGACAUUGAGAUCAACAACAGCGGGAAUCAGAAGCAGUGAACUUUGAACGACGCGAAACUGAUUGUUCAUCGUGAUGCGUCUCCCGUGGCUGCUCGCCCUCAAGGCCCUCAUCGUGAUGGCACUGCCGCAACGACGCGAGCUGUCCAACGCCAUCGAGGACGUCUCUUCGGCGUCGCUGUCUUCGACGACCAACGGCGGCGGCGAGGAGUUGCCGCGCCGUCAUCACGGCCAACAGCAGCAGCGACUCAAGGACGGGGCGGCCGUCUCCCGGUUGCUUCAGGUAUUCGGGCUGCGAGAACCUCGGCGUCGCGAGCGUCACCAGCAGCCUCCCGUCUACAUGCUCGAGCUGUACAACGCCACCGCGGGCUCCGGAGGGAUUACGCGAUCGGCGAACAAGUACAACGCCAACCUGGUGCGCAGCUUUCCCGACCGAGUGAGGCGGCAUAACAAGCGUGGCAAGAAGAAGAACAAGGACAAAAAGGGCACGAGGGGAAGCGGUGUCGCCAGGGAGAGUCCACUGCGCUUCUUCUUCAACGUGACGCCCAGCGAGUCGGCUAAGGAAGAAGUGCUGCAAGCCGAGUUUCAUCUCUACAAGCUGCGACCCAAACACCGACCGGCGGACAGGCUCGGCGAUGCCAAAUCACAUCUGCUCGAGGUGCGCGUCUACCAAGCGAUGCCGGGUGUGUCUCCGCUGCGUGAGGAGGGCCAUAGGCUGCUAGAUGUGCGGCGCAUGACGUACACCUCGGUUGGCUGGGAAGUGUUCUACGUGAAGGCCGCUGCCGUCGACUGGAUCAAGGACCCUUCUUCAAAUCUCGGUAUACUGAUGACGAUCCGAACGGCACACGGCCGACGGUUGGAGGACGGUGUGCUUCGCUUCGCCAAGAGACACCAAGGCCACGUGAACAAGCAACCCAUCCUGGUGGUGUUCAGCGAUGACGGUAGGCCCAGCAGGGAGACGCUGUACCCGACUGGGGCCAACGGUGACACCACUGGAGAAUUGCUUCCGGGCCGGAUAACUGGUGCGAGCGUGCCGGUCGCGCCCAACAGUGACGGCUUGACACUGGCACCAAAUACCAGGAGCGUGCGGGCAGCUCCACCUGCCUCCGGAUCCAAGUCUUCUUCUGGAGGCAAGGUUCACAAUGAACCGUUUGGUUGCACGAGGCACGAGAUGUACGUGGAUUUCGAAAAGAUUGGCUGGUCCAGCUGGAUUAUCUCGCCGAAAGGCUACAACGCCUACCACUGCAAGGGUCAGUGCUACUUCCCGUUGGGCCAGAACCAGUGGCCUACCAACCACGCGACAGUGCAGAGCAUCGUCAAUGAGCUCAGCUUGACAGCUGGAGUGGGCGCUCCGUGCUGCGUGCCUAACAAGCUCUAUUCUAUCAGCCUGCUCUACUUCGACGAAAACGAGAACGUGGUGCUCAAGCAGUAUGACGACAUGGUGGCCGCCAGCUGUGGAUGCCACUGAAACUUCUGCACCGACCCAUUCAAAAGAAUGGCUACCGAACGCCCAUGCUCUUUUGACGAUACCUGUGUUCUCACCGAAUGACUUCCGUGGAGGUGGAAGUAGAGCCUUGCUGCACGCUAUAAAAUCGUAUAGUAAGGCAAACGCAGCGUAAGCGACUGAAGGCGCAAAGACGCCUAAAUUUAUGUGUCCUUCUUUUGCUCUGGACGUCUAGAAAUUCUGUGGUUUGAACGGCUAGCGUCGUGGCGGUAUUCAUGGCAUUAGAAAACGCCUUGUGUAUUUCGAAAAGUCUUGACCCGGACUCUGUGCGUGACGAAACCACUACGCCGUUUGGUGCCGUGAAAGGUGUUGCAUUAUCUAUUUGUCGUUUUUGUGUCUCAGAGAGACUACUUGUAGGUCUUACGUCUUGACUGUCUCCUAAAAACGUUUCUUGUAGACAACUUCCUGACUGUGUGACCCAUCAGCGCUUACCUGUUGUGCCGGGGCGGCUUUUGGCCUGUCGACUACAUAAAAGUGGUCUUGAUGUUGAAAACUUUGUGAGGAUUGAUCGUAAAAGCAUUCAGCAUGUUGAAUAUUUCUUUCUGUAGAUGUCUGGUAAUGAUCGAAGCAGUUCCAGUGCCGCGCCAUCUCACAUCAUUGCAGUGCAUGGUUGCCUUCUGCCGAAGAAUGGUGGUCGACAAGAUGCUUUGGUCUCCAUGUAAGGAUAAAAUCCAGUGUCCGUCAGAUUCGAAUUCCGAAGAGUGAAAGUCAUAUUUGUGUUUGACAGAUCUAGCCAGUGAUAUAUUGCUACAGUAGAGCCUAUGUAAAGGACAAAGCUGUGACAUGGCACAUGGCCUAUAACCUAAAAGAUAUGAAGCACUGAAAGAUGACGCGUAGCAUAGUGUGGGUUGACUAGCAACACUUUGUAGUUUUCAUGAGGCGUGUUCCUUCAGUCUCCCAUAGAGGCACGCUCUGACGUGACUGUAACAUCUCGUGGGAUCAUAGAAUAAGAAUUCUCGUGACUCAGAAGAUGAACUUGAAAAGCAUAAUCGCAUUAAGUUUUCUCUUUUGAAAACACUGAACAUUUCUUUCACCGCGCUCUGUAAAGAAAGAAGCGAUAAUUUCAAUAGUCGUCAGAUGUGCGACUAAUGGUUAUUGCAGGUGAUAUUCCUAUAUUGAGGCAACAUGCCUUAUUAUGAGAUAUCAAUGCUGUUUGUUCUCGUGAAGUCUGCGAAAAUGUUCCCAAGGCACUCACAGUCAGAACUGAGUACGCUUUUCGCAGUUUGUGACUGUACCCGGUAGUCCAACUGGGCUUAAAGACAUGUGCUAGGAGCACUGGUGAAUAAGGAAACUGUUACAUAUAGGUGACAACCAGAUUUGUGUGAUGGUGCUUGAGCAUUAUUUGUCUUUCCUGUUUUCAUUGGUAACUUUUAUUUCUUUGUAGAAGUUACCACGUUGGAAGUCUGCGAAUCUUAUCGUUUCAUGUUUUAGGCCAGGCAUCAUUUAUGCUAGUAAAAUGAUGUACGUGUUCUAUUUUCAUCUUUAGACUCCUUGUACACAGAUCGCUGCAACAAUAAUGUUUACACUUGAUGGUUCGUCUGGAACGCUCGUUGAGAAGUUUAGUGCGUUUGAGUUGGCUAUAUUGAAGCAACUAGCUUCUCGCAUGUUUUUGAUACUCUACUUAGGCCGCAAGUGGUUUGCAUACUCGCAUGCAAAAACGCAUGUCAUUCUAAAAACUUGAAAACUACUACAAUUUCUUAUAUGACACCCUUAAGCAUGUGAUCUACCAUAAACACCCAAUUUUUGUGCCAUAAAAUGUUAGGACGUAGGUUUUGUAUACUUGUAUAGAUGUUUUAGUGUUUGUUUUUGCUCUUAUGAUAGAAAAUACUUUUAAACGAAUGGCGUUAUUCGACCAUCACUCGCCCUCAUGUACCUGCUUCUGAAGAGGUGCUACGUGGUGAGUCAGUGAAAGUAUGCUCUAUGUGGAGUGCAACGAGCGUGUACCCGUUGAAAAGUGUUGAUCUUAAAAUUGCCGAUAUCAGUGAUAGACGUGGAGUAAGAAGCCCUUUCUGAGGAAUCACUGUGUAGUAAACAUGAAUACGUGAUCGUUUUCGCUCCUCAGCCAAUCGGGCUCUGCCAAAAAGUCGGGAAGCUGCGGAGGCGAUUACAGCGUACUAAAGUAGCGUUGCACAUAUACACGCACUACACCGUAAUUAUGACAUAUCCGUUUUAUUUUCUUCGCGUAUCACUACGUAUAUUGGGUGCCUGUGGUCUGUAAAAUGUUCUCGCGUUUCCACUGGCAAAAUAAAAAGAAAAGUUUUCCAAACUUCGCCAUUACCAAAGAUAUAUUGUUAUGAUAAAACUCGUGACGAAAGCCAGACAAGCUGACUUCAAAAGUUAACCGAUGCUCAUUGCGGGCCCUCAAAAAGAAUUCAGCACAAAAUUUUAGUUACACAAGACAACUGUACGAACUUGGCUGUGCUCAGGCAACGAUUUCUUUGCUGAUUGUUGCUACGGCAUGUAAUCUCACUGGGGCGCAUGCCAUAUGUCAUAAUGUCAUUCAGGUUCUUCAGGCUUUAAUGCGUCAAAUAUCGAAUAGUUCAAAUAGCAGCGGUCGACACAAAAGUUUAUCACGAUACUUAGUGCCGACGCGCGAGUUUUCGUGCGAAGUUGUCAAGCUUGACUGUCGUAGAAGUUCAGAGAGAUAGAGAGAGAGAGAGAGAGAAUUUCUUUAAUUGGGAAGCUGGAGAGGUUUGCCUGGUUUUUACCUGACAGGCUACUCCAGUUGCUGGAUGAUGACAAUGAUAUAUACAACACACAACACAUACAGUUACAUACACGCAUAACAGUCACAUAACACAUAGAGUCACUCACAAGCACUGCACCAUUUACAACGUUUCAUUCAAGCCUGUGGCCCGUAAGAAUGCGAAUAGCGCUUUUGUAGAGUCUAACGCACUGGUGGUGUUCCGCCAUGCGCCUUGAAUAUUUGAAACUCCAAGUUUGUGUCCUGUUGUAUUUUUUGGCAUCUUUAAAGACUGUCUCCCUGAUGCGCAUUUCGUACACUCACAGAAGACAUGAUGGAUGUCUUCAGCGACGUUAUGUGUAAUGCAGACGUCUUCCCUUUGCGUGUAAUACUGAGCCAUGCUAUGCCAAGUACAUGGCAUAUUGCAAAAUAUCGUCAGUGAUGUAAUCGCACAAAAAUUCGAUUUGGGUGGAAUAUUCGAUGACAGAUGUGUCAAAAUACGAGUCCUCAGCUUUUGUACUGUACGUGCUAAAUUACAAGAAAACCCGUUCUUCCUUGUUUCUGUAUUUUUUUACUGAAUUUAUUCACCAGCGGUCACCAAAAGCUCAGGUAAAGCACUCUUUUUAUUUUUUGUUAACAAUUGGGCUCUUAACGCUCGUGCGUGAUGCUUCAGAACAAUAUGUGAUUGUCAAAAGUGUUCAUUCACGCGGUCUUUAUACAUACCCGCUACGUAGCACGCAGUAAAGUUCCGUGAGUGCCCUUUUUACACUCUGAGCUAUUCUCCAAUCAAAACUGCAUUGACUAAACCUCCACUCAAGCUGUUUGGGUUACUAGUAUACAAGUUCGCCUCAUUUUUCACGUUGAAUAGAUGGUGUGCAAACUUUAGUGAAUAGCCUGGUUUCAUGCGUACCAUCCUCAUACUAUGUGCAAUUUGACCUGAACACGCAAAUGGCGUUCUCUGCCCAAAGUUACGAAAGUACGCUCACGUGUGUUUCCUCUGAUUCUUAUUUUCCCUGCUGCUGUGGCAUCUUUUUGUCGCGAGUCGGUCAGGAUACCAAGUCCUUCGCAAAGCAAGGCAAAUGUAAACAUUGAUCAGUGCGAUAUAGUGUUUAAAUCCCGUCUUAGGUGAGCGUGUCUUAUUGCCAAAUAAGUCGUGUAAGAUAGACUUCUGUACGUAUGCUUGAAUAUGAUUGUUUAUAGGAAUGAGUGACAUUUCAUAGCUCUUUUUUUCUUUUUCUUUUUGCCAUACUGAUUGGCUCAUCUGUAUAGAUUACGCAUAUCACACGUGUUGUCCAUAUGUACUAAGUUUUCCUGUUUGAAAAAAAACUAGUGGUCAAACUGCUGUUUUACGAAGCUGAAGCGUCCGUGCAGUGCGAAAGGUUGCCUUCGCGGCUGUGGUGUGACUCAUCAAGGUGUGGAAGAAACAGCAAAACAGAAGCGCCAUAGGCCCUGCCACAGAACGUCACUACGCUGUUGGCGUGCAUAGCCUCUUUGAAAAAUGGCUGCUGUCUUUUUUAGUAAAAAUAAAAAAAACAAAAAAAGGAUCCCCGUGUUCACCGCGCUCACAAACAGGACGAUGUUAUUGGCUGCAGAUGGACCUUACAAGAUGUGCAACGUAUCUUUGGUGCCUCGUUUCAGAAAAUAUUUCAGGGCGCUAUGUUAGAAAUUAGGCAGCCGAGCGUAAUAUUGUAUGCUGGUAAUGUAGCUCACGGCUUUUCAGCCAAUCUCUUCAUGUCCUCUCAUUAACCCUAGUUUGGUAUAAUAAAUAUUAUGCCAGUACGAUCCUAUUCUGAUUUUAUUAUUAUUGCCAGCUGAAUAAUUCAAGUCUUUCAGAUCGUGCUCAUAAGAAAACUAUGGUUUGAUUAGGCUGCUCAGUCGUGGGCACGCGCCCAUGUUUGCGUCUCUGGAGGCAUUAAGUUCACGUCAAGGACACAGGAAUAGAAGCCGAAUGAAAUAUAACCUAUAGUACGCCUGUCCCCCUCUUUUUGUUCACUAUACAUGUGGCCCUAGAUCAAUGUGGGUUUAGGUUUUUUUCUCGCUUGAAUUAAGCCUAUAUUCCUGACGUUGUCAAAGUGUUGGAACCCGAGAAAUGACAUGAAAACCCUGAAUAUUGCUCCAUUAGUCAAAGUGUAUGAACCCGAGAAAUGACUAGAAAACCUUGCUUUUUCCGGCAUAUCUAUACGUAGUAGCCUCCAAAGCGCAUUUAAUGGCUUUACAGUGUGUACGCGAAACUAUCUUAGCGUUUCUUAACUAAAUGUUUCAUAAACAAGUGCUGUAGUGAGACACGAUUCCCUCGCCCUCUCUGAUCAGUGCUGCAGCUUUGCACCCGUGACCUUGCACAUUGAUGCAGUGUACAUAUUUAUUCACUUCUGCGAUUACGCACAGGCAGCUAUGUUUCUUUACCUCACCAGCACACCGACUGCUCGGCUUUGGGCCAAAAGUAGUGUACAUUUUUUUUCUAUUGUUCACGAGUUGGAGUGCUCUGCGGAUCUCGUUCCGCGUCUAUACCGUGUAGUAGUGGCGUGCUCAUUAAAUUUUUUUCCACUUGUGUGCGAGAGCUGGCUGAACACUUUGUCUGUAUGCAUGCGCGUUUUCAGAAACCCCAAAUAAAAUAUAAAACAUACUGCGAAACACUCA